GGAAAUUCAUGAGAGGACGAGAAACACUCCGCGCAGAUUCCAAACCUUUCCUGUCACCCGCUUUCCGUCGGAAGGAGCGGCAGUUAGCCCAAUCUCCGCUGCACGCAGCUACUUUCCCAAGCGCGCUAAGCACUUGAUCGAACGGACUCGAUGAAAGUAGCCGACACGCGUUUAAGAGAUGCCAUUAUUUUGAAACCCGCGUCGACAUUUUCACGGUGUUAUUGAUCAUUGUUAAUAUUUUUUUGGGCGAGACUUUUAGCUGAUUUCACUCGCCCUGGGUUUGUUUUUUAUUUUAACGUUUUGUCCACAAAUGAGUUAAAAUGAUGUUUGUUAUCUAAGGUAAACAUAUAAACAUUUCAUUUGAUGGGCUACAUGUACUAUUGUCAAUUUGAUAAAGAAACAAGAAAAUAUCCAGUGGAGCCGUCUAAAAAGCUGCGAAUGCCCUGCGAAGGAUGGCGAUCUCAUCAAAGUGCUCGGUGGCCCUGCACCUCCUGGGCUUCCUGCUUGACCUUGCAUGGCCUCUGGACCCCAGUUACCCCAACGUGUGCAGCCUAUGGGAGAGCUACACUACCUCGGUAAAGGAGUCUUAUGCACACCCCUAUGACCAGGUGUACGAGGAGCCCUGCUCCGAUGCCUGGAGUUUCUAUAAGUGCACCCGGCACAGGAUCACAUACAAGACGGCCUAUCGGCAGGCGGUGAAGCUGGACUACCGCAGGAGGUACCAGUGUUGCCCCGGUUACUACGAGAGCGGGGAGAGAUGUGUCCCUCGCUGUACCAAGGAGUGUGUUCACGGGCGCUGUGUGGCACCUGACCGCUGCCAGUGUGAGGACGGGUGGCAGGGCGAAGACUGCUCCAGAGUGGCCUGCGAUGAGCUGCACUGGGGCCCAUCCUGCGAUCAGCCCUGCGGGUGUAAGAACGGAGGCCGCUGCCAUGCCGUGACUGGGGCCUGCCAGUGUCGCCCGGGAUACCGGGGACCCGGCUGCGAGGACCCCUGCCCUGCCGGUACCUUCGGCCACGGCUGUCUGCAGCAGUGCCUGUGCGGGACGGGGGGGUCGUGCGACGGAGAGACGGGGGAGUGCCGCUGCAGGGAAGGGUUCACUGGGACCUUGUGCGAUGAAGCCUGCCCCCCCCGCCGCUGCCCCCGGCGGUGCCCCUGCCAGAACCGGGGCUUCUGCCGAGGGGAGGGGGUCUGUGUCUGUCCCCCGGGGUGGACGGGUGUGGUGUGUACCGAGCGGUGUCCGGGGGGCAGGUUCGGGGUGAACUGCUCCCGGGAGUGCGUGUGCCACAACGGGGGUGUGUGUGACGUGGAGACGGGCCACUGCACGUGUGCGGCCGGCUUCACAGGGGAAAGGUGCAGUGAGGAGUGUGCAGUGGGCAGGUACGGGCAGGACUGUGCUGAAGUGUGUGACUGUGCUAACGGAGCGCGCUGCUACCACAUCCACGGCGGCUGCCUGUGUGAGCCGGGCUUCCAGGGACCGCGCUGUGGGGACAGAAUGUGCCCUGUGGGGACCUACGGAGUGCACUGCAGCCAGCACUGCCUCUGCCACAACACACACACACUGAGCUGUCACCCGAUGAAAGGAGAGUGCACGUGUCGCCCGGGGUGGGCGGGGCUCUCCUGCAAUGAGACCUGCCCGCAGGGUUUCUACGGUCACGGUUGCCAGGAUACCUGCCUGUGUCUGAGCGGGGGAGUCUGUGACAGCGUCACUGGCCGGUGCCAGUGCGCCCCGGGAUACACGGGGGAGCACUGCGAGAGUCACUGUGAGAGAGGAAGCUAUGGGAAGAGCUGUUCACUGCGCUGCGGCUGCAGCCCCUCCCACUCCCUGGCCUGCUCCCCCAUCGAUGGAACCUGCUUCUGCAGGGAGGGGUGGAAGGGCUCGGACUGUUCCACCCCGUGUUCCGGGGGGAGCUGGGGGCCGGGCUGCAAUGGUACGUGCCAGUGUUCCAAUGGCGCGUCCUGUAGCCCUGUGGACGGCACCUGCGGUUGCACUGCAGGAUGGACGGGGGCGCUGUGUGACCAGCCGUGUCCGGAGGGGUGGUACGGUCCGGGCUGUAAGCAGAGGUGUGACUGUCUCCAUUCGGAUGGCUGUGAUGGACGCAGCGGACAGUGCCUGUGCCUGUCAGGCUGGACGGGGCCCCACUGUUCCCAGCCCUGCCCCGAGGGCACCUGGGGGCGCCGCUGCAAUCGAAACUGCUCCUGCCUCAACAGCGCCACCUGCCUGCGGCACAACGGGACCUGCGUGUGCAGCGCUGGGUACUGGGGAGACCAGUGCCAGCACGUCUGCGGGAUGGGCUCGUUCGGCCCCCGCUGUGCCGCACUGUGCCCCCCGUGUUCUCGAUCCUCCGCCCCCUGUCACCACGUGACGGGAGAGUGCCAGUGUGCCCCGGGGUACGCUGGGAUACUGUGUGAGCAAGCCUGUCCACUGGGAUAUUAUGGGAAGCAGUGUGCCAGUGUGUGUCGGUGCGCCCAAAACUCCACGUGUCACCAUGUGGACGGCUCUUGCCUCUGUCCACCUGGCUGGACUGGGAGGGACUGCUCUGAGCAGUGCCGUCCCGGGACGUUUGGCCUGAACUGCGCCCAUGCGUGUUCCUGUCCCUCCAACACCAGCUGUAACCCCCAAACUGGAGUGUGCGUGUGUGCGUCCGGCCUGGGAGACAACUGCAUUCGAGGGCGGGACGUGGACCUGGUGGUGCCGGUGACCCCGGCGGAGCAGGUGAGCUGGGGCUUCGUGGCGGGCAUCGUCCUGCUGGUGGCGCUGGUGCUGCUGCUGCUGGCGCUGCUGCUGGCCUACCGCCGUCGCCACGCCGACAAGCAGAGCCACGUCCCCACCGUGUCCUACUCGGCCACUCGCACCGUCAACUCCGAGUACAUGGUGCCAGACGUCCCACACACGUACCACCACUACUACUACAACCCCAGCUACCACACCCUGUCCCAGAACCGUCUCCCUCUGCCCCAAAUCCCCAACAACCAGGACCGUUCUAUAAAGAACACCAACAACCAGCUCUCCUGCAACGGCAAGAACGCGGAGAGGGAGCGCCUGGGCCUGUUUGGGAUGGAGAGCAACGCCACGCUGCCCGCCGGCUGGAAGCACGACGAGGCGCCCGCCCCGAAAAACCAGGGAGCUUUUGGCAUGGACAGAAGCCACAGCUACAGCGCCAGUUUGGGCAAAUACUACAACAAAGGCCUCUCCAAGGACUCCGCCGUGACGGACAGCAACAGCUCCCUGAACAGCGAGAACCUGUACGCCACCAUCAAGGACCUGCCCUCGCCGCUGCCCCGCCCUCAGGAGAGCGGCUACAUGGAGAUGACCCCCUUCGCCCGGCCGGAGAGGUCCUACGCCGAAAUCAGCCUACCGCCCCCGCCCCCCGUCCCCUCCCACCGGGGCGCCAAACGCUGUUCCCUUGGUAACGUCCCAGAGCAGGAGCCCCAAAGCCACUACGACCUCCCCGUCAACAGCCACAUCCCGGGACACUACGACCUCCCUCCCGUACGCCGCCCCCCCUCCCCGAAACCGCGGAGACACCCCCGCUGACCGCGCCCCGAUUCACACCUCACCCGGCUGCCACAGAAAUGCACAAGAACACCGUCGGACCACCACACAGCGCACCCUGCUGGAGAGGAGGCUGUCAUUACAGGAACUAGGAGCCUACGAGUGAACACAGUGGAUGUGCGAGAAUGACUGACAGCCGCCAAUCAAGACUUUAAGGACCGCAGAUUUCCUGUUGCCCCUCACCAAGGCGGAAAUUCUUGCCUGUCAGGGGAGAUAUCAACAUCCACACAUUAGUCAUGUCCUUGUUCUGAAUGGCACUGUCCGUUGAUUGUGUACCAGCAUGUCUUUGUUGUAUAUAAAUGUACAUAAAUCUUCUUUUUGAGUCUGA